CAAUGGAAAGCAGCGGCCUUGGAGUGUUUUUUUUAUUUAUUUUAUUUUAUUUUUUUUCACUCCCUCCCCUCCCCCUUCUCCUCCUCAGUCUCUUCUUGUGCAUUCACACUCUUUGAUCUAAUCCUCUUUUCUCAUCCCCGCUUCCUCCUCAUCUCUUUCCCCACCCCUUCUUAUCUCUCCUCCUCUCUCGCUCAUAACCCCACUCGUUUAUCCCACACUCCCUCUGGAACAAAUUGCUGCCGCUUCACAUCCUUGUUUCCUCUCUUGCAUUCUAUCUUCUACUGCUUGCUGUUCCUGAGAAAAAAAAAAAAAAACAACAACAAGAAAAAAAAUAUAUUCCACAGCCAAAUGCGCCACCAGCCCAAUGCCCCUCGGAAGGUCAUUGCCGUCGACCUGGACGAAGUCCUGGCCCGGACCUCCCUAGCCGUCGCCGAGUUCCACAACGACACCUACGGGACCUCGCUCACCAUGGACGAUUUUAUCUCGUACGACUAUACCCAGGUCUGGGGCGGCACUCGCGAGGAAUCCAUCGCAAAAUGGCGACUCUUCUUCGAUUCACCCUACUUUCUCAAGGUCGAGCCUGUCGAGGGCAGUCUCGAGACAUUGAAGCUCUUGAAAUCCCGCCGCUUCAGCCUCGUCAUUGUCACGGCUCGUCAGCAGUUUGUCGCGGACCUGACCAAGAAAUUCGUUGAUCGACAUUUCCCGGGUAUCUUCGAGUCGAUCUACUUUGCAAACCAUUUCUUGACCGAACAAGAAAAGAUAACCUUUAUCUCCAAGCCCAAGUCCGUUAUCUGCCGAGACGUUCAUGCCCAGCUCCUGAUCGAUGACUCGCUCGAGAAUGCGGUCGAGGUCGCCAGGGCCGGGAUCCCGGUCCUGCUCUUUGAUCUUCAUGGAGCUUACAAAUGGAACAAACUCGCGGACGGACAAGCAUUGCCCGAUAAAGUGACGAGAGUCAAGAACUGGAAGGAGGUCCAGGCCUGGUUCCCCCGCCCGCGGUCUCCGCUCUCGACCCUGUGCAUAAGUCGAGACGAUCAGAUUUCGGAGAACGAGUCCGAUUCGGAUGACGAGGACGAGGAGAUCGAUGAGGAGGAUGAGGAACAGCAGCUCUAUGGCUAUCAACAUCGUCGUCGCCGUCACAUGGAAACAGACUCGGACUCGGAAGAGGAUUUGGAAGAGGACGAAGCGAAUAUGAACGAGGUGGCCAAGCGGGAGCAACAAGACGAUGAGGAGGAGGACCACCAUGGCCGGACCCUGAGAAGGCGCAAGUUGAUGAUGAUGGACUUUAGCAUCUCUGAGGACGAUGAGGACAUUGAUCUCGAGGACGGCGAGAACAUGGACAGUGACGAACAAGAUUUCGACCUCGAAAGUGGUCAUGGCCGCGAUCGUCGCAUCUCGCAUGAUGACCUGGAACGGUAUCGUCACCAACACGAAACCAUGUACACUGGAGACGAGAACGGCAUGGAAAUCGAGAUGGAUGUCGAGAGCUGCAGCUCGGAAACGACAAUUGUCCAGGUCGAUGAUGAUAUGGAGCGCGGAAUACUCGCAGUUACCUCCUCCAAGACCAUGGUUGCCACGACAACAACAACAACAGCAACAGCAAUAACAACAACCAUCUCUACCACAGCAUCGGGUCAGGUCUCAAUAGCGGCCGCCGAGGUAGAUUGUCAUUCUACUGCGACGACAAUACCGUUGUCCCCAGAAGACAUGGCUGUUGAGAGUUUGGCGAUCAGGAGUCCUCCAGCGUCUGCGUCCCUCAUGGCCGCCAUGGAAGAAGUUCCACUCGCAUAACCGGAGUGCUUACUUGUCUACUGUCAUUCAUCUUUUAUUACGUGUCUUUUUAUUUUUUUGUUUUAUUUGUUUCUGUCGUUGUCCUUCUAGAUUUGUAUUCCUUUUUUCUGUCUUUUUAUUUAAUGCUCGUCUGUUCAGAUACCACAAAAACCAAACCAUUCAAGUCCUCAAAAGCAUAGAAACCCCCCUCUUCCUCUCACUCCCCCUCCCCUCGAAAUAAAAAAUUCACCCUCUACAAUAUUUA